AUGCUUUUUAAUAGUAUGAUGCCGAUGAAAGGAGGAAGAGCCACAGAUGGCAUGACAGAGGAGCAAAUCACGCUGCUGAGACUCCUGAAAUCGACCGGACUAGAUUCGAAAAGCAUCAAUUAUGCUUAUGAGAAACUCGACAGACUUGAAAUGAGUGUACAAGGCUUCGAAAACUACAACCCAAAGAUCGUGAAAGUCGGCGACAGCAUGCUUUAUGAGCUCUAG